GGUGACUCGGCAAUGUCGGCGGCCAGGGCCAUGCCGCGGGUCUGGAUUUGGGCGGCGCGGCGGUUCCGGCAUGCCCGAGGGGCCGGAGCUGGGGGAUCGCUGGCGGGAUGUCGCUCUCGCUGAAGAUGCUGCCCUGCAAGAAGAGGAAAGCGGCAGUCGCGGGCCCGCAGAGCCCGCGGGAGCCAAGCUGCACUGGGGAGGAGCCGGCUGCGGCCGCGGAGCCGCCCGCGCUGGUGGAGCACUUCGAGGCAGGCAGGGCGGAGCCGCCGCCCGCGCCGCGGCGGCCCGGCAGGUCGGGGUCCGAGAAAGCCGCACCGCGGCUCGAAGGCGGCUCAGUUGUGGCGCCGGCCGAUGGCGGCUGCUCCGCGAUCAGCUCGACGGCAGGUCGGGCCACGGCGCUGCCCGCUGCUGCCAGGGCGCGGCGGGACCCCGCGGAGACCUUCCUCAAGGGCGGAAAGAGGCUCGCGGCGCGGGUAGCACUGGGCCCCGCUCCCGACAGCGCUGGAGGUCGCCAGGCCGCCCGAGAGGCUCUACCUGCGCCCCAGUCUGCUGACGAUGAGCAAGCUACUAAACAGCAUACAGAGGAAGAAGUAGGUUUGCAGAGAGAUCCAUAUCUGACUGACAGCCAUUCUGCAGUGCAGGAGUUUCCACUGAGAUGUUCUUUGCAGCUGGCAGUUAGAAAUCCUGCCAUGAUGAAGCCACUGAAGAACACCAGAGCUGGUGAGUGGCCCCUGCAGACUGAUGAGGAAAAUGAGGAUGUUGGGCUGUUUAUUCCAUUGGAGGAGCAAGAUGGAGAGGAUAUUGAGAGGAGGAAGAGGAAGAGGAAAGCAACCAAGCGGAAAAGAGAAGGAAAAAGUCAAGAAGAGGAGGGAUCUUUGUCUUGUGACAUCAAGCUAGAUGAUACCCUUGAUCGCACCUUAGAAGAUGGUGCCAAACAACAUAAUCUGACAGUUGUCAAUGUGCGAAACAUUCUGCAUGAAGUGAUCACAAAUGAGCAUGUAGUUGCCAUGAUGAAAGCAGCUAUCAGCGAGACGGAGGAUAUACCUUUGUUUGAACCCAAAAUGACUCGCUCCAAACUGAAAGAAGUUGUGGAGAAAGGAGUGGUGAUUCCAACGUGGAAUAUUUCUCCAAUCAAGAAGGCAAAUGAGGUAAAGCCCCCUCAGUUUGUGGACAUUCCUCUUGAGGAAGAUGAUUCAUCUGAUGAAGAAUACCAGCCUGAGGAUGAGGAUGAGGAUGAGACUGCAGAAGAGAGCUUACUGGAAAGUGAUGUAGAGAGCACUGCCUCUUCUCCUCGGGGAGCAAAGCGAUCUAGGACAAGGCGAUCAUCUGAUGAAGAGGGAGGGGUGCUCUGUGAGACGGAGAAGGUUACUACACCUGUUGUUAGACAUAUUAGUGCUGAAGUAGUUCCCAUGGGACCUCCACCACCUCCUAAACCAAAGCAAAGCAAAGACAGCACAUUCAUGGAGAAACUGCAUGCAGUGGAUGAAGAACUGGCUUCAAGCCCAGUAUGCAUGGAUUCCUACCAGUCUCUGGAAGACAGUCUCAUUGCCUUCCGAACACGAUCAAAGAGACCGCUGAAAGAUGUUCCUCUUGGUCAGCUGGAGGCUGAGCUCCAAGCCCCAGAUAUUACACCAGAUAUGUAUGACCCUAAUACGGCAGAUGAUGAGGAAUGGAAAAGGUGGCUUGGAGGACUCAUGAAUGAUGAUGUGGAGAAUGAAGAUGAAGCAGAUGAUGAUGAUGAUCCUGAAUACAACUUCCUGGAAGAUCUGGAUGAACCAGAUACAGAAGACUUCAGAAAUGAUCGUGCUGUGAGAAUUACUAAAAAGGAAGUGAAUGAACUGAUGGAGGAGCUGUUUGAGACAUUUCAGGAUGAGAUGGGUUUCUCAAACAUGGAGGAUGAAGGUCCAGAAGAUGAAGAUAAUGUCACAGAGUCACGGCCAAAUUUUAAUACACCACAGGCACUUAGAUUUGAAGAGCCUCUGGCCAAUUUACUGAAUGAACAACAUCGGACAGUGAAGGAACAACUUGAGCAGUUGAGGAUGAAAAAGUCUUCAACGAAACCACCGCAAGAGUCAGAGAAAUCAAAACCUCAAAAUGAGAAGCCAUUCCAAAGCCUUGUUCUGGAUAGUAUGCAAAGAAAGAGGCUCCAGCAGCAAAUGCAGCAGCAUGUUCAGCUUCUGACUCAAAUCCAUCUUCUUGCGAGUUCUAACCCUGCUUUAAAUUCAGAGGCCAGUACCACCAGGAUGUUUUUGAGUGAGCUGAGUAACUUUGCUCACAGCUCUACGCUCCUUCGUCAGUCACUCAAUCCUAAGUUUCAAACGAUGUUCCAGCCGUGUAACUUGAAGGGAGCGCUGCAGCUCAUUGAAGAUUUUCAUGCCCAAGUCCAAGUUGACUGGAGCCCUCGCAAAUCCGUGAAAAAGAGUACCAAUGAAUUUCCAUGUUUACCAAAGCAAGUGGCAUGGAUUUUGGCAACAAGGAGAGUCUUUAUGUAUCCAGAGUUACUGCCGAUAUGUUCCUUGAAAGCAAAUCCUCCGCGGGACAAGAUUAUCUUCACCAAGGCAGAGGACAAUUUAUUAGCUUUAGGUCUGAAACAUUUUGAAGGGACAGAUUUUCCAAAGCCUUUGAUCAGCAAGUAUCUUUUACCAACAAAAACUGCCCACCAGCUGACAGUGCGAAUCAAGAAUCUCAAUAUGAAUCGAGCCCCUGAUAAUAUCGUCAGAUACUAUAAAAAGACAAAACAGUUGCCCAUUCUGUUCAAGUGUUGUGAGGAGAUCCAGCCGAAUGAGUGGAAACCACCUGUGGAGAGAGAAGAACAUCGCUUGCCAUUUUGGCUAAAGGCAAGUUUGCCCUCCAUUCAGGGGGAAUUGAAGCAAUUAGCAGAAGAUGCCAGGAAGAUGCCAGAUUCACCUGAUGCAGAAUCUGUCUUUUUGGGGACAGAGAAGGAAACUUCAGACACAGAACGUGAUGAAAAAUACCCUCUGCUCAUGCCAAAGGGACUAGUACUGACCUUAAAGCCCCUCGCCAAUCGAUUCUCUAGGAGAACAUGGAGAAGGCAAAGGUCUUCAGCUCUGAAACCUGUUCUCAUUCGACCAAGUCCUUGUCUGCAGCCCAAUUCCAACACUCUGAACAUCCAGAAAACUGUGAAGUUAUCCCAGUCAGAAGCUCCUCCCAGCAAAGUUAUGGUUCAAAUUCCUCGGUUAAUCCAGCCAGCUACAGUCAUGCAGCCUGUGCCAGGAGUGCAACCUUUGAAUGUUCCAGCAGUGGUAGGAAGUGGGGAUGGCUUGGAAUUUCAGAAUAUGCUCUCCACUUCACAUUCUGAUUCCAGGCAAUCUUUUUCAGCUGUUGUACCACAAGCAGUAGUGUCCUCAAGUCCUGUAACUCUUCAGCCAAAACUGAUGUUGCCAGCUUUGGCUGGACCAAAGCUCCGCAAACCUGGUGUUCGCAAGGUAUACCAAAAGAAAAAAGGGACAAAAUCUGCCCCGUUGAUAAAGACUUCACCUUUGUUUCAGCCAUCUCCUGUCAUCCUUACUGUACCUGCUACCACAGUGAAAGUGGUUAAUAUAGGCAAUGGUUGCAAUAUGAUUCAGCCCAUAAAUGCAACAGUUGGUAGAGGCACUCAGGCUAUUCCAGUUACAACCUUAUUGGUAAAUCCAUCCACUUUCCCAUGUCCAUUAAAUCAGCCUUUAGUGACUUCUUCAAUUCCUUCAUUGAUAGUCUCUCCUAACCCUGUUGGUCUUUCUACAUCAUCUGUUGUUGAAAAUGAAGAACAAGUGAAUCUGGCUCCUUCGUGCCCUGCUGUAAAUAACAAAAAUGCCUAUCCUAUAGUUGAACCCAAGGUUGAACGCCAAGAGUUGUACGUUUCGUGCUCAGCUGUCUCCCCGAAGAAGGAACGCAGUACAUUUCCUGCCACUUCAAAUAAUGGUAGCCAGGAAAAGGUAAAUAAGAGUGACUGCUGUAGCUGGACAGUGGUAGCGACAGAGGAGGAAAACGCCUCAGAGCCAUUAUCUGUGGACCUUUCUUCUCAUUUAGAAGAUUCAGAUGAAGCAGUGAAAAUUGAACGUGAAGAUUCAAAUGAUGCUAUCAAGGAAGUAAAUCCAAAACAGAAGAGGGAUCUUUUAUGUGCUGAAGUGAAGGAGGAGUUCAUGCUGGACCUUGGCCAGGAGCUGAACGUGGAGGCUGCAUAUGCAUGUCCAAAUGAGCUGAAAGAAAUAAAAAAAGAGUGUACAUCAUGCGAAGAGAAGGGAGAAGAGGAAAGACAGGAUUUGCAGUCCCCUCCGUGUGACGAACAGCAGAUAGAUGCAGGCAUUGUUCCUGGACCACAAGUAAGCAGCGAGUCUCCUAAGAAUCAUUCAUACACAACAGAUAUUGAAGCAGAAUUUAGUAGUCCACUAGGAAAACCAGAGGAUUCAUCCAGUAUGGAUGGCCAGUCUGUUGGGACACCAGCUGGCCCUGAAGCUGGAGGAGAGAAAGAAGGACAAGAGGAAGAGGAGGAAGAAGACUUUGACGAUUUUACCCAAGAUGAGGAUGAAGAGAUGUCAUCAGCCUCAGAAGAAUCUAUUCUCUCUGUGCCAGAACUUCAGGAGACGAUGGAAAAACUCACUUGGCUUGCAACAGAGAGACGUUUAAGCCAGGAAGGAGAUUCUGAAGAGGAGAAUUCUCAGGAAGAGAACUCGGAGGAGGAAGAGGAGGAGGAAGGGGAAGGAGUAGAGAGUUCACAGAAAGAUGAUGAAAUAUCUGGAGAUAUAUCUGAGGAACCCAAAUCUGCCUUCAUGUUGAUGAAGACAGCCCCACAGGUAGAAGCCAACAGAAUGCUACCAGGAGAGAACAUGAAAGCCCCUGGGAAGAGCAGGAACUCCCACAGAACCAGAAAUAAGAGGGGACGGACUCGUGCUAGCAAAGAUACCUCUAAACUGCUCCUUUUGUAUGAUGAAGACAUCCUGGAGAGAGAUCCCCUGCGGGAACAGAAAGAUCUGGCAUUUGCACAAGCCUAUCUAACCAGGGUGCGUGAAGCCUUGCAGAAUAUUCCCGGAAAGUAUGAAGACUUCCUUCGCGUCAUCUAUGAGUUUGAGAUUAGCACUGAUAAACGAACAGCUGUAGAUCUCUAUUCCACUUUACAGAAACUGUUGCAUGAGUGGCCACAGUUGCUCACGGAUUUUGCUGCCUUUCUUUUACCAGAACAAGCUUUGGAAUGUGGACUGUUUGAAGAGCAACAAGCAUUUGAAAAAAGCCGGAAGUUCCUUAGGCAGCUGGAGAUCUGUUUUGCUGAAAAUCCUGCCCACCAUCAAAAGAUCAUCAAAGUUCUGCAGAGUUGUGCAGACUGCCUCCCCCAGGAGAUUGCAGAGCUAAAGACCCAAAUGUGGCAGCUGUUGAAAGGACAUGACCACUUGCAGGAUGAGUUCUCCAUUUUCUUCGAUCACUUGCGCCCCUCAGCCAGCCGCAUGGGAGACUUUGAGGAGAUCAACUGGACAGAAGAGAAGGAGUAUGAGUUUGAUGGGUUUGAAGAAGUGUCUUUACCAGAUGUAGAAGAGGAGGAUGAACCACCUAAGAUGCAUGCAGCCUCAAAAAAUAAGAAAAGGAAAGAGAUUGGAGGCCAGAACAAUGACAAGGAGGUCGAGUGGGUAGAUGGAAUGAAGGAAUGUUUGUGUCCCUGCCAUGAAGGGAGUAGCGAUCUCAGGCUCAAGAAAAGCAAAAGGAGGACCUGCGGCCAUUGUAGUAGUAAGGUGUGUGAUAGCAAAUUUUAUAAAAGUAAAGAUUCUCAAGAACUGACUGUUAGCCUCGUUCAACAAGAGUCAAGUCUGCAGCCUGAAGGGAAGAAUUAUGGAAUAUCCAGGGAUCCUGUAGAAGAGAGCUUGGAGAGUAGAGAUGAGGGAGAAGAUAUCCAGAGCAGAACAAAAACUGCGUCUAGGAAAGUGGACCCUCUGGUUUCAGGAUGUCACAUAGAAAGAAAGAUUGUCUCCUGCAGACUUGCAUCUUCUGAAAAAGCUGCAUUGCCAGAUAACCAAGUUCGAGAAGGAGGUGCCAGUGCUGUUGUGAAUACUGCAAAGGAUAGUUGUUCUUACAUCGCUGGCCCUGGAUGGACAGAUCUACGAAAAGCUGCUCUAAAACUACCUCAAGAAACCAAAGACAGCUCUUGCACUGUAGGAAGUGACAGUGAGGGACUAAACCAGCAACAUCAAGGAAAUGCAAAUACUUCCCUUGGGCUGGGUGGAGAUCUGCUGUCUUAUUCUGCUACAGUAAAAGGUUUAACAGGGCCUAACUUGUCGUCUGGAAGUAGUUUAUAUCGGACUGAAGAGCUUCAUUCAGGUGCAUCAGAUGAGCUUGCUGUCUUUGGUCACACUUCAGAUUUAGGCAUGAAAGAAUUUGAGAGGUCACCUUUGCCUUUGGAAGGAAAGUCUGAAGCAAAGCAGGGUUGGAUUACACCAGGUAGAAAACUGACACCAGGUAAGAGCUGCUGCUCACAGUUCCCUGAUAAUCACAACAUCCUUUUGGAAGCAGAUGGUAUGGACUGCACCAGAGGCUCUCCUGAGAGCAGAUUAAAGUCAAAUACAAAUGAGUACUUCGAGGUACAUGAGCAUUCUGAGGAGCUGGAAUACAGAGUGCUCGAUGCCUCCUUGGGGCAAAGGGAAGAGGAGCAGCAACAGCAGCGAGUCACAGAAGCAACAGUAUGUGCUAAGAAUAGCAAAGUCAGCUCUACCGGGGAGAAAGUUGUCCUCUGGACCAGGGAGGCUGAUAGAGUCAUUCUUACUACCUGUCAGGAGAAAGGAGCCCAUCUGGAAACCUUCCAUGCCAUCUCACAGAAACUGGGCAACAAAACUGCUAAUGAGGUAUCCCACAGGUUCAAAGAACUGAUGAAGCUCUUUCAUACGUCUUGUGAUGGAAGCUCUGAAGAUGAGGAAGAUGCAACUAGUACUAGUAAUACAGACCAGUUGUCAGAUAAAGAUCUUCUGUUUUCUGAAGACGAACCAGAUGACUAAUUUUUUUUUUUUCUGGCCUGAUAAGCUGCUUACUACAUCAGGAGAGCUGUUUGCCAGUUUGGUGCUACCCAGGUGCUGUGGUUAAUGGAAAAAAAUCUUUGAACAGAUACCUAAUACGCCUUUUGUUUUGGUUCACUUUCCUGAUACGCUUGUUAAAAGCUACAGUUCUAAAUCUGUCUUGAACUAAAGGAAUGAAGAAAGUUGUGAGGGUUAACAUGCUUUAGAACCUAUAUGGGUAAUUCUAAAAAUUGAGUUACAAAAGUGAUACUUAUGGAUAUUGACCUCAGUGCAUGGUAAAGAGCUUGACCAGCAACCUUUUGCAGCACAUGCAAUAGAGAACAUGUAAAUAUUGUACAGUAAGAUGUCUGUUUUCCAUGUGGAGCAAAUACCUGAGGGUUUUGUUUUGUAAAUUUCUCCCUUAUGUUGAUUGUAUGUGGGAAAGUUACAACCUGAAAACUGUAUUGAUUGUGCAGUCUUAUUCCAGCACUGUAAAGCAAGUUCAGUUUGUUGCAACUAGUGCUUUUUUUCACUUUGCAGAGACAAACGAAGAUCUUUAAGGAGAAACUUUCCUCCUUUGUAACAAAGCCACAAGUAGCUGGACAACACGAGCCAGUAUCUUUAGUAGGAUUUUACUGAAAUGAAAGGAAAGUAGCAACUGGGCCAAUGUUUAAAACCCUUCCCUUUAUUUCAAAAGUGAUCUUAACCUUACUCCUUCCACUAUUUCCAGUGAUAAAGAUGAGUUAGUCUGAAUCAGUUUCAUCUUCAGAUUCAUCUGCUUCAAAAUUUGUUUUAUAGCACUGUGCUAGAGUUCUUAGUUCAUGUAGGGCCUCCUGAAAGUCAUCAUGUUCAACUCCAGUGGAGAAGAAGCUAGCCCAUCGCCGUGUAUCCAGCUUCUGUAGCUCCUUGUAUAAACUGCACAGGACUGUGUGCAGAACAGGUGAGGACUGCAGUGCAGUUCCUACAGGAAUGCUUUCAACAGCUGCAGGAAAAACCAUCUUUGUUGAAAUAUACAAGUUGAAAUUUGUUCCCCUACUCUACGAUCUUCUUUUCUUGGUAAGUAGCUGCUUCGCUGUAACUCAGUGUAGCAGAAAAGUUGCUGGACGCUAAUCUUUUUUUGCCCCAUUAAUUCACACAGUAUUAAAAAAAACAGGAAAAAAGUCCUUUGCUAGACCUUGCUGCCCCACUUGAUAGUUUUCUUUUGCAAAGUUAAGAGGCAUACAUUACCUGUUGAGGAAUAACUGAGAGGUUUGUCCAAAAGGAAGCCUUCUCUGGUGAGAAGAGAGGAAAAAAACUGGGGGUACGGAGGUAAGGUACGGCAUGGCUGCUCAAGCACAUGAGAUAUGCUAUAAAAAAGAAAUUGAAUAAAGUUAUCUAAAAUUCAUUACCUUCUGUAGCUUCUAGCUAGUGUUCCUUUUUCUAAAGUUGCAAAACAGAGAUUAUUACCAACCUGAAGGUCCCAGGAGACAAAGUAUGUAAGUAAUGCUGCAGAAUCUGCUCCAGUGUCUCACCAGCCUGGAGUGCAGAAGCAGGCUGCUCUGCUGGACAGUUGCUACAAAGAGAACCAUGAACUGGAUGAGCAGGAAGAGGGGGCCUAAAUAAAGAUGCUGGUAACUCA